GCUUAGGUAAGCGGGCAAAGUACUUAGUCGCCCUUCCCAGAUAAAAGCGAAACUUGGGCCAUUACAACUCCUGCUGUCAAGACCGACUCAAGCGUCAGCCAGCCACCAGCUUGCGACCAAAAGCCCCAUCUGGAACAGAAUACCAUCGAGAAGGAGGAGAAUUUGACGGUAGACCCUGGAUCUGGUGGAUUGCAAACCCCGGCACCCAGGUUCUGAGGCUCUGGAGGCCACGAGGGGCUUCUUGGUAAUCGAUCGCUUAUUAGGGGACCCGAGGGCCUCUCUAACUGCCCUUCGCUUCCUCACCUGCACCCGCUGCUACCGCUACGGGUGGUGCUGCUGAGUGCCGCCGCCGCGACCACAGCAGAGCGCCGCAUAUCCUCCGCUUUCGCUCUCGCUUGCCUACUGUGCGCACACUGCGCAGUGGUUAUUACGCUUGUCGCACCUGCUGCAUUUACUUUGCACCCGCGCGGCCAGCCAACCGCGUGUGCACGGCGACAACGGGAGCACGAGAGGGGGGCCUGUCAGGACUGCUGGGCUUGAGCAGCAACUACGCUUUGUCACGGCGCACGCCUCCGUCACCGUCCCUCCCCGGCCGAGAUCUGCGGGACCAAGAUGUCGAACGUUACGGUCGGAAACAUCUACCACCAGAUCAUCAAUGAGGUGAUCGAGGCCUCACGGGUCGACUUUGAGGACCAGGGCGUCGGCGAGGAGGUCCUGGAGGAGCUGCGCAAGGGAUGGCAGGUGAAGCUAUCCAAGCUCCAGGUCGCCGCCUUUCCGUGGGACCCUCCCCCACCGCCUCCGGCGCAGGCCCCGGCUCAGGCACAGGUCCCGGCCCAACCUCAACAGCCCGGCCCUGCUCCUCAGGCUGCGCCUGGUGUCCCGGCUGCUCCUGCUCAAAGGAUGGGCACACCGAGCUACACAUCGGCAACACUCAGCCCCCAGCCCGCGCCCACCGCCCAGCCACAGCCGUUGGCUAAUGGUCUUCCUGGGCCUUCUCAGGUUGCCGGUGGGUACUCCGCCCGCCCCGAGUCCGUCAAGCCCGAGCCCGUGGUCAAGCAGGAACCAGGCCUAGCCAACAAUGGCCUACCACCAGUGGCCAACCAGGCAAACACAUACAAUACUCCUGCCGCUCAGCGUGCGGCGUCGCAGCUACAGCACCAUUAUGGCCCCAGGGCAAGCGCCAGCAUCGCCGCCUUGCAAAACUUCACGACAGAUCCUGUUGCUAAGGGAAUGACCCAGGGUCAGUUGGAGGCUAACGCCGCUGCUGCCGCUGCUCAGCGCAGGAAUGGCCAGCGUCCACCGCAGGCACAGUACAGCCAGCAGAUGGCCAACCAGCUUGCUCAGCAGCAGCAGCAGCGUGGAGCCCAGCCGCCGCCACCCGGUCCCGGACAGCAGAACAGCGGCUUUCAGCAGUCUCAGGUCGAUGGGACCGCGGAUGACUACGAGGGCGUCUUGCUGCGUAAAGACCAGAAUGGAGAGACCUCCGAGGUCGGCCGUGUUGAGAUCGACCGCAUGCUCCAUGAUCAGAUUGCUACUCGAGCCAAGCAGAUGGAGGGCGGGGGUCUGAUGUUGCCGCUGAAAGAGGCCACCAAACACAAGUCGAUUGGCAGGAAGACGGCCCACAGCGGUCCAUCAGGAUUUGACGGGGGUUUUGAUGGUGUUGACGACGACAUUAAGAGAGAAGAAGCGGAUGAGGACGCCAUCAAUUCCGACCUUGAUGACCCUGACGAGGUCGACAUCGCCGACGACGACGAUGAGGAAAACAUGGGUCACAUCAUGCUUUGCAUGUAUGACAAGGUCCAGCGAGUCAAGAACAAGUGGAAGUGCACAAUGAAGGACGGUGUUCUCAACGUCAACGGAAAGGACUACGUCUUUCACAAGGCGACUGGUGAGUAUGAAUGGUAAGCCGCCCGAUAAUCUGACGGCGUCCAAGGAUUGGAUGCGUUCCGACACCAAUGUGGUGGUUUCGUAUCCUUGCUUGGGUCGAGACCUGGGCCACGAUUAACGGCCGAUUCACCGACUCUCCUUACUUACCAAGCAGUGGGCCUACCUUUUGGGCAGGUUUCUGGUCUUUCCUUUUGAAAAACAAAAAACAAAACAAAAAACAAAUUAAUUGCGCCACAAGGCAUUGUAUUCCAAACUGGCAUGGAUACGGUAGCAAGGGCUGAGGUGAAACCUCAACUAAAGCUAGGAGCAAACGAGGAAUGCCGCUGCGCACCCUUGCGGGGCAGGUCGAGACAUCAGUUGGCUUUUGGAGGGUGUGACCCUUACUACAUUUUCUUUCCCUUGCCCUACUUCUGGGCGGCGUAGGGUGCGCAGCAGGAAGCGUUCUCGGUUGGCUGCGUGAUAAGCACAAACAAGAUAGCAGGAUACUAUGCCACAGCUGCCGCAAGAGCCUCGAUAUGGCCUACUGAGCAAUACACUGGAUUCAUGCAUAUUC